AUGAUCCAGGUGUCAAAAGAUUCGCCUUGUCAAGACGCUUCUAUUGGUGUGCCACACGCCUGUCCAGGUGUCCUGGGAGUCGAUCUCGGUAGCACGUGGUUUUCAGAAAUUCCGGAUUACACUGGCUGUUUUCCACCGGAAAAAUCCUGGAAGUUGGACCCGGAGUCUCACAAAGAAUGGGAGCAGACAGCUUAUUCAAAAUCAGAGGACGAACUACCAACUUGGGAGAAUUUAAAAGAUUUCCUGCAGUCAAGAUACCGUACCUUAGAACUUGUAUUGUCCGUGUCAGGGACUUGUAGCAGCCGUGACAAACCUGUAAGAGAACGUUCACACUUAGUAACUGCCACAGCCACCACGUCACAGCCAAAUGAAAGAACUUGCGUGCUCUGUAAAGAAAAACAUACAUUAUGUCAUUGUAAGAAUUUUACUAAACUGCAACCUAAAGAAAGAGCUGAUUAUGUCAAGACCAACAAUCUGUGUUUUAACUGUUUGGUGCCUGGGCAUUCUGCUUACCAGUGUAAGUUACAAAUGUCCUGUCGCCUAUGUAGAAGACGGCAUCACACUCUUCUCCACCGCCAUCAAGACUCGGCACAAACUGAGGAAAAGAAUCAACCGAGUGCAUCUCACCACGGGGUAGAAGAGAAAGAAGAGGUUAUAAAUAGCAUGAUGGCGUCACAUCACAGUACUAAACAAAGCACAGCACUACUAGCCACAGCGAUGGUUUUAGCGAGGAACGAGCAUAACCAAACCGUUGUUCUUCGUGCGCUAGUAGACCAAGGUUCGCAGGCUUCAUUUUUAAGCGAGAAGGCGGCUCAAAUGCUCAAAUUUACCAGGCAAUCAGCGAGAGGAAGUAUCAUCGGGGUGGGAUCUACUAGGACUAACGUUGAUCACGUGGUUCAACUUAAGAUUGGCUCCCGCUGGAAUCCAAGCUUCGAAAUCAACAUACAAGCAUAUGUUAUGAGUAAACAGUUGACCACGAAGAUCCCCUCCAAAGCUGUAACUGUCACACAUUGGCCACAUCUAGAAGGACUCAACCUGGCAGAUCCAGACUACUUCCAACCAGGUUCUAUAGACUUACUUCUUGGUGUUAAAGAGUAUGCACAGAUUGUGCAACCAACACUUAUUAAGGGCCCUCCAGGUUCUCCAUGUGCCCAAGAAACCAACCUGGGGUGGAUCCUCUUCGGAGAAAUCGAUAAUAACCGUGAAAAUGAAUCAUUUCUGGUCCUUCAUCAUCAAGUCCAUAUAGAUCAUAUGUUGAAAUCCCUCUGGGAAAUUGACAAUGAUAAAAAGAGAAUAUUAACAAAGGAAGAAAAGCUAUGUGAAACAAUAUAUGAAAGCACACAUACGAGAAAUAGUGAAGGAAGAUAUCUAGUAAGGCUGCCAUUUAAUACAAAGAAUCCAAUUUCGACUGAAGGAAAUACGAAAGAAAUAGCUAGAAAGAGGUUACUUCAGCUAGAAAGAAGAUUUAAGAAAGAAACUAAACUGAAAGAAGAUUAUACAAAGGUCAUGCAAGAAUACAUAAAAGCUAACUACAUGGAAGAAAUACCUAAGAAUGAAAUAAACAAGAAAAAAUCAGUAUACUUACCUCAUCACGCCGUGGUACACGCAGACAGAGAAACUUCUAAGACACGCGUAGUAUUUGAUGCUUCAGCGAAGGGCUCCAACUGCGUUUCUCUAAACGAUGAAUUGCUUGUAGGUCCGCAACUGCAAGAGGACUUAAGGAACAUACUUAUGAGAUCGAGAUUACAUCGUGUUUGCUAUGCAAGUGAUAUACAAAAGAUGUACCUGCAAAUAUUACUUUAUGAAGAAGUUCGUGUUACAUUUGGUACAGCGGCGGCUCCUCACCUGGCUGUAAGAACGCUUCACCAGGUGGCUGACGAUGAGGGUCGAAAUCAUCCAAUGGCUGUUCGAAUUAUUAAAGAAGAUUUUUACAUGGACGAUCUAAUGUCGGGGGAGAGCAGUGCUCCUGAAGCCAUAAAGAGAGCACAAGAAGUAGAUAAUAUUCUACAGAAAGGUGGAUUUGUAUUAUCAAAAUGGUCAUCCAAUUCUGCUGAAUUUUUGAAAUCUAUAGAACCAAACAAACGUACAUCUCGAGCACAGUUGGAUUUUAAAUUGGAUGGAAAAGUACAAGCUCUAGGUUUGAUCUGGAACCUGGGCACGGAUCAGUUUCAGUACAAGGUUAACUUACCAGCAAGGUCAAGCAGUAUUACAAAGAGAGGCAUACUAUCUGAUAUUCAAAGACUUUUUGACCCACUGGGAUGGAUCGCCCCGAGCUUAAUUUUGGCUAAGAUACUCAUACAAAGGCUAUGGCUAGAACCGUUUGGCUGGGAUGACGAGAUUAACCAAUCGCUGUUACACGAUUGGCUGACAAUUAGAGAAGACUUUGAACAUGUAAAAGAGAUAGGUAUUCCAAGAUGGCUAAACACAGUAAGCACACAGAUGGAAAACAUCGAGGUUCAUGGUUUCAGCGAUGCUUCCAUGAAAGCCUAUGCUGCAGUAGCUUACAUUCGUGUGAAGAGGGAAGAUGGUUCAGUAUUCACCAAUCUAUUAGCUGCCCGUACUAGAGUGGCACCACUCCGUACCGUGUCUCUACCAAGCCUGGAGUUAUGUGGGGCGCUGUUAUUAGCAAGGUUACUUAAGCAAAUAGAAAAUGCAAUGCGUAUACCUACUUCUAACAUCUAUGCAUGGACAGACUCAUCAAUUGUUCUUGCAUGGCUAUCUGGUGAUCCUCAUAGAUGGAAGACAUUCGUGGCGAACCGGGUCGUAGAAAUUGUAGAGAAUGUAAACACACACCGAUGGUUCCAUGUAGCUUCGGAAGAGAAUCCUGCAGACAUCGGGUCACGAGGCAUGCUGCUGGCGGACUUGAAACAGAAAGAGUUGUGGUGGACAGGGCCCAAGUGGUUAUGCAAAAAAGAAGGCGUUUGGGGCAAAGUAUCGUCACGUCGCGUACCUGAUGACAAGUUCGCGAACGCAGCGUUGCAGCGAUGCACCAAAAGAGCGCAGGGCGACGCGAGCCGCCCGCUUGCUUCCGAGCGACUGGCGCCCGGGCCGCGCCGUGCCCGCCCCUCCCGCGCCACGCACCGCCUGCACCGGCACCACGCACUGUCCGCACGACUCCACACGGCGGCCUCCCUCGCGCCUCGCUCGGCGAGCACGAUGCGGCCUUACGCACCCCGCGAAUAUCGAUGUCUUCUGUCGGGAGAUGUAUCGCGCGGGAAGGACUACAGCGGGGGAGCGAGCACGCACCGCGCGGCGCGGGGCGCAGUCCUGCGCGCUGCGUCACGCAUCUAUCUCGACGAUUUCUUGCGUGCUCCCGCAGCCCGUCAUCUGCAGAGCAGCGAUCUACUCUUUGGACUGACUGGCCAGACGGCGUGUUGCGCGCCUUCUGUGACUUAA